CCUAUGCAUACCUAAUGCAUUCAUAUGAGUAUUGAUCACUUGUAACUAUGCGUGCAGUUGGAUAGGAUUUGGAAGGAUUCCUAUUGUUUUUGUUAUUCGUUUGAUGACAGCCUAAGGCAUAACGUGGUUAGCAGGUACCUAGGCAUGUUUUGCUAUGAAAUAGAGUAGUAGUUAUGCAUAAUUAAGGGGACUGUGGUUGCAGUGUGAUCCGAUGGAACGUAUCAAAUUUCGGUCAGAAAGUUCUCGAGGCAUUGCUUGACGUUUUGGUGCGGGGACUCCGUCCGGAAUCAGAAGGAUGUCGGACUGAACUAGAAAACCAAUGAUGAUUGCAUCAAUACUAGGAGGUACCUAUACUGGAUAUAAGUAGUCGAUCUUUUUACUUAAUUUAUUUUCUUGUCUCGGGAACAUCAGUCUUGUCUUAUAAGUACUUGUUUCUCAUAUAAGAGCGUGCAAUAUGGAGGGCAUUCGACUGGUUAUUCUCUAUUUGGCAGUACCGAGUUUCUUAUUUUCUGUCCUGCGCCAAAUACUCUCUUCGAUAAAACGGAAUAAUGGAUCGAGCAAAACUAUUCCUGGACCCCAGCAGUUUCCUAUUGUUGGGAGGGUUCACGAUCUUGAUAGGUUUUGCAUGUGGAAGAAAUUCAAGGAAUGGGCGGAUAUCUAUGGCCCGAUAUACAGGACGAGCAUGAUGGGCCAGCAAUUUAUUAUAAUAUCGGAUCAUAAGAUUGCCGAAGAGCUUCUUGUUAAAAGAGGCCACAUCUACUCUGGGCGCCCUCAGAUUCGGGCUCUCUUCGACCAUAAGACUGGUCCUGGUUAUGUUGCAUUGAUGGACCGACAUGAAACUUGGACUCGUCAACGGAAAUGGGUCCACGCCGCAAUGGCUGAUUUCCAUCGAUCCCAUUUCUUUGGAGUCAUCGAGAAUGAGGUUAAAAGAUACCUGGCAAUGCUCCUCAUCGAUCCUGCGAAGUUUCAUGCUAAUGGGCGGGAACAUUGUGGACGCAUAAUGAGCCGCUUAGCUUGGGACGAUGCCUCACAGGGUAAAGAAAAUGGUGACAGUGCUGAUCGUACACUAACACAAAUGUCUGUGUCGGGACCAAUCGUCAACACGGUAACACCCCUGUGGGCAAUACCCUGGGCAUUUAACCCCUGGAAAAAAUCCGAAAGGGCACGCGAAGACGAGCAGCGGGCCUGGUGGCUUAACUCUUUCCAAACAGCUAAGAGAAGAUAUCUACGCGGUGACCUGCCCAAAGACACAUGGGCAAGCCGAUACUUCACGGGUCUUCAGGAGCAGGGUAACAUUGAUCUGGAGCAGACUCCCCAGGAAGAGGAAUUCGCAAGUUGUAUGCUUGGAUUCCAAAACCUCGUAGGUGUCGUGACGAUUAGCGGGCCGAUGUUGUUCUUCCUAAUGGCGAUGCUACUACAUCCCAAAUGGCAGAAGAAAGCUCAGGAGGAAAUAGAUAGAGUUUGCGGUGAUCGCAUGCCAACCACAGGGGACAUGGCCGAAUUGCCUACAGUUAGGGCAUGUCUGAAGGAGACGCUCCGAUGGAGAUCUGGCGUUCCUCUCGGAGUACCCCAUCAAGCAGAGCAAGACGAUGAGUUCCGGGGCGAGAAGAUCACGAAAGGCACGAUAGUCAUGGCAUGCGAAUGGAGUAUGAACCGCGUCCCAGAGCAGUACCCAGAUCCCGAGAACUUCCAUCCCGAGCGUUACUUGGAGAAAGAAUGGCCGACCUACCAAGAGCCACUCUCCCGAUACCCAAACUUCCGAGAAGGAAUUGGGAUGCACACUUUUGGAUUUGGCCGUAGGACAUGUCUUGGCCAGCACAUCGCAGACGAUGAGAUGUUCGUCUCGGGAGCCGGCGUCCUUUGGGCCUUUAAUCUGAAUAAGAAGAAGUGUCCUACGACAGGUAAGGACAUUGAGUUUGAUAGCGAGGCCACCAACGCCCACGUCAUCUUGGAGCCGUUACCAUUCCCCUGCGAGUUCCAACCCCGAAGUACCGAGAGAACAGCGCAGAUUCUAUCGGGGUAUGCUGAAGUUAGAGACCAGCUUAGGACGUAAAUAAAUAUGCUGGAUACAUUAGAUUUUGAUAAGAACAUAAUGGAUAUAUCGUGGGAAGAUAUAAUAGGGGAUCCAGGGGUAGAACUCGGAAAUAUACCAUUUUCUUUGCUCUGAAAAAUUGCUUCCCACUUCUACUACGGUAAACAUUACUAGACUGAUCUGUUAUAAGACUUGCCUUGCGUAUUUUACUUAUGUUCACCUCUCGUGUAGUCCAAACCCGAACUUGGCUACCUACCUAUUUAUUAAGAAUCUGUCAAGAUGCAGUGCGCACUCCUUGCUUAGUACCCAGCCGCGCGUCUAUAUAAGCGAUCUACUCAAGCUCGUUACACUCGCUCCUUUUAUUCCUUUU